UGGUAUUUUUCAUCGUUGUCAAGUUACCACUAGAAAAGAAAUAAUACCACUGGGAGAGACUGCAGUGUCCUGAGAUUGAGUCCUGAAACUGAAAGUUUGGUGUGAGAUCCAGAUCACCUGCUCGUGGUCAGAACAAUUGCAUUUUCUAUCAAGCACUGCAUGGAAGCAAUCUAAACAAAUGCUAUCACAAAACACCUGGACUAAAGAUGUGACCUCGCAGAAAUCCUGUUUAAGGCAGAAAUUCUUUUUUAACAGGGUUAAUCAAUGGUACAAGAUGGUGUAACCAAACAACGGCCAUGUCUAAGAAGGCUUCUUCUAAACGGCUUUAUCAGCCAGUAGCAGAGUUUGAUGAUUUCACUCUUGCCCGCAAAAGGGAAUAUUGGAGGAGCAAGAAAAGAGAACAGAGAGCAAGAAAGUCAUCAGCCAGAAAAGAGGUCAGAAAUGAAAAUCCAGGUUUGUUUAAACAAACAAUUAGCAUGUCCACUGCUAUUGAUGAAGAUUUCUCAGAAACACCUAAAGUGAGCAGUGACCCUUCUCUUCAUAACUGUGAUGUUUCGUGCCAGUUUAAUGAUGUGGUUACUGCUAAAAACUCCGUCAGCUCAGGUCUUUUUAUAUCUGAGAGUAAUGUGGGAUGCCAGACAGAAAAAUGUUUUCAGAGGAAUAAACUUGAUCAUGUCUUACCUCAUAUUCCUGAAGCAAGCACCGUUUUCUUGAGUAGCAAUAAAAAAUUAGUGAGGGACCCAAUUACAAAGUCAUCAAUUAUAAAUGGUACCAUGGUCGACCAGAGCGAGUCUCUCUACUUGACAUGCAAUUCAUUGCCUAUGGCAAACAGCACACUAUCUCAUAAAACAGGAGCGCCAGCCUUAAAUAGCCUUGUUGCACCAUCAUACAACAACCAGAAUAAGCCUCAGAUAAAAAAAUGUUUACCACUCCAACCUUUGACCAUAGAGCAUUUUGUUGGCAGCAAAAGUCCCAUGACUAGUAGAAAAACAUGUGCCUUUGCCUCAGACCACAACCACAGCAGAUCUGAAACCAUUCAAAUGGGUAUGACUGAAGAAGAGAUUGCUGCUAAACGUAGGGAGAACUGGCGUAUUAAAAAACGGGAGCAGAGAGCAAAGCAUGCUAUGAACAGAGAACAGAGUCUUGGACAAGUCCAGUCUUCAUAUACUGGCAUAGGAUAUUCUUCAUCUCCAGGUAACAGUUGUAAGGCCUUAAGAGGAAUCAACCACAAAUCAUUAAAAUCUGUAUCCCUAAGUCAGGGAUCACAGGGAAAAAAAAUGACGGAAUCUCGGGCAUCAGUUGCAGUUAACACAACAAAAUUUGUAUGGGCCACAAAACCAAACCGUUACCCAAAUGUUACCCAAACGGUAAGCAAACAUAAAGGGCAAAAGCCGAAAUUUGCGCACACUCCAAAAAAGUGUCGUCAGAAGUCUCUACUUGGUGUUACCAAAGUUAAGUCUGCUGAGGAUAGGCAUGCUAAGCAGAAGGAGUACUGGCGAAUCAAAAAGCGUGAACAGAGAGCAAGGCUGUCUGCAAAGGGGAAAACCCGCCUGAAAGAACGUGAUGCAUUUGAGCAUUGUGCUGGACACUACCGCAGUUUUGUUCAUACAUGUGAAGUUCAAGCAGGGUGCCAGAAAGCUAUCCAGUCCACAGAAGAAACAUUUGCAAGUUCCUCUGAAACCAUUGGUGAUUUUAUCAAAGAUGAUGGUACAGUCUCUAGUUCAAAGACUUUUGAGGCCUCUCUAGCAACAACUUAUGAGUUUCCGAAUGUGAAAUGUAUUGAAAAUGUAAAAUUUCAGAUUCAAGUCAGUUCGCCUUUAUAUCCACAUGCUCCAUCAGUCCUAAAGUCUGGAGUUCAAAACAAACCUGUUCCAUGCAACAUUUCCACAGACUGUUUGAGUUCUGAUCAAAAAUCAAAUGGACACCCCUUUUCAAACCCCUCUAAGGUAAAAUGUAAGUUAGCCAGUGAUACAGUUAUGGACAGUAUGAUGUUGACCAUCCAGUCUGAAAGCAUGACCGAAGAGAAGAGAAUUGCACGCAUGAGGGAAUACUGGAGGGUAAAGAAACGAGAGCAGAGGGCAAGUCGGGCUUAUCGGGUCAGGCACGGUCUGUGUAAGUCAAACGUUUUAGUGGUGAAGCAGACGGAACAAAACCACAGCUCAACCAAAGGUUGCCCUUCGACUAUGCCUUCACACAGUGUUAAUUCAUCUGCUAAUACAAGAGUUUGUGACACCUCAACCAUUGCCCCACUUCCUAAGGUCACCAUAAAACAAGAGCAGAUCUGUCCCUCCAUACAGGCUGUGUUUUCUCUCUCAGAAAUGUAUCCAUUUGUUAACAUUAAACAAAAAAACACCCCUUCAGCCUAUACACUUAAUGAGACAGAAGAGGCUGACCAUAAUGCUACCACUCUUCAGGCUGUAGCUUCCAUGAAAAAGCUACUUGAGGAGUCAUUUAGUACAGUUGAAGACAGAAAAGCUGCCAUUAUGAACAUGAAGUGUGGAAAUGAGCCAGUUACCUUUAAAACGGAAUCUGACCUUCUUUCUGAAGAUAUAGUGUCAAGUGCUGAACAAACCAUCUCAUCACAGUGUGACAUCUCAAAUACAAACAAGAAAGACUUCAGAUCGAGUCCAUUACUUUCCCACUCUCCAUCUUGUACAUUAGAUUCAUCUUCUAAGUACACCAUCCAUCAUAAGUCUCAUAACUUAAUCAAAGGGUCUGUGCAGCCUUUGUUCAGAGACAACCAGAAACUUUGUGAUAAUAGAAUAGAUCCCAAGCAACGCUGCCUUUCACAGGCCUUGAAAGAGCAGCAGCUUCGUGAGAACUGCAAGCUUCAACGAAAGAGAGAGUAUUGGCGGUUAAUGAAGCGGCAACAGCGAGCCAGAAAAGCCAAAGCAGGACAGGGCAGCAAAGAUGCCGCUCUUCAGAAUCUGGGUUCACAGCCAGAACAGAUGAGAGAUAGCAAAAGUCAGAAUCAUCAUUCAUCUUCUAAUGGAUCACAAAGGUUCCCAUGCCCCACUGAUGUCUCCAGUAAUGAUGUUUAUACAACUGGCACUAAACCUUCAUCUUUACUGUUGGGGCGUAUCAUCUCUACCCAACAUCAUUCGAAGAACAGAAGCCUGCUGCCAGGUGAGACUUACCAGGCGCCCCAGGAAAAACCAUGGCAAAGGCAAUUGUCAGACGCCUUACCAGUCAUGCAGCCCUUAUCGCAGGACGCUGCUACCUACAAACAAAUUCCCAUGCAGAAUAAAACAAAAAUGUUUGCAAAGCUUACAGGUUCUCAGAUACAGCCAGCAGAUCUGUUCAUUGGUAAAUCAACUCCAAAUCUAGAAGUAGAUCCAGAUGAGGUUAUACAUAGGAGGCGCAUGCACUGGAGGAUCAAGAAACAAGAGCAAAGAGCUAGAAAAGCGAUACGUGACAGUGAGCUUCGACGCAUGAUGGCCAAUGACCUGGGUCGUGUGAUACCACAAAGUGUCUUGCAUCAAGACUUGGCUUCACAGAGUCAGGAUACCACCAGUGUCUCAGGUGUAGGUCUGAGCAGAAAAACAGAGGACCAACUAGGUGACAUUGCUGAAGAAACUGGUCUACAAGAUGAGGGAGUUACUUUAACACAAGAAGAGUGGAGACGUGUCUACCUCAUGGACUCCGACCCGAUCAACCCACUGCUGGUGUGUAUGGUUUGUGGAGAGCAGCAGUAUUCCUUGAGUAUACAAGGGGUCAUAUCUCACAUAGAGGAGGUACACCCCCAUACACUCUCAUUGGGAGAACAGGAGCGUCAGGUCAUUCUUGCAGCCUGGGACAAACAAGUGGCCAUCCGAGAGCGCUUCAUCACCAACCAGCUUCAACACCAGAGCAGAGGUUUGACAGAUCUGAGUUCCAACUGCCUGGCUGAGAUUGAAGUGAAGAUUGAGGCUGAAGAUUGAGGCUUUAAAGUCCCACUGUGGAGAAAAUCAGGUUUUAUUGUUGUUUAUAUGUUUAUGUGGUUUUUAUAAUGUUUUUAGACAAGCCAUGUGAAAAUUCAUAAUUAAACACCAUUGCUGAGUAUUGUCUCCAUAAAACUGGAAAGUCCCAUUCCCGCGUUUUUAAAUCACCUUGGUUUCCAUCGUCACAAACAUGUAACCAAUCACAUCAACACAGUAGAACGUGUGGACUCGUGUGCGAGUCAUAGAUAUAUUUGAAUGCCUCAUAGACUUGGCACUGAAUCUGCUUCUGUGCUGCUCACACAUGCAGGGUGAACGCUGUAACCUGUUAACAUCAGCGCUUAAAGAUUAGUGCUGCAAACAUGUAUGCAUUGUGUGAAACCAAACUUAGCAGUUAUGUGUCUGAAACUGCCGAAUGUAGCACCUUUUUACAUAUAUAUCUAUGGUCCGAGGUGGUGCAAAGGAGUGGAGCAGGGACUCAUUUUAUAUUCAUGUCUAUGAUCCAAGCUGUGCGAUCAAGUAGAGGUGGAGACUAAUUUACAUAUUCAUAAUCUGCGCAGACUAGAGUUACAUUUAAACUGUCAUGAAGAAAUUCCUGACAGGUACAACUUUUAUAUAUGCUAUUAUGAUGCGCUUAAAAUGAUUAAAUACUUGACUACAAGGAUUAUUGUUAACCCCCCCCCAGUUUUUGGUUUAGUUAUGAUUUAUUAGUCAAGCACAAAAACACACAUGGCAGUAUUGCACUUUAUUUAUGCCAUUUUUAGGUUUUCCCACAAAAACGUCAUUAUUAACUUCAGUAACUUUCUCUUGUUAAAUGUACAUUACAUUUUUAAACCAUUUUGUUUGUUCUCAGGUUUGAAACUUGUUGAAAUUGUUACAGAAACGAAAGCUGUUUGUUUAAAAUAUAGAUUUUCUUCAUGUCUUGGUUAAGCACUGCUAAGCAUUCAUUACUUCAAUUAUUAUGUGCAAAAGGUAGGGACGAAACAAAGAUCGGUCUGUAAAACUUUCUCAUGCAUUCCUAGACACAACUUUUAAAUUUGAUAAUUAUUUAAUUGUUUAUGUAUAUAUUGAACAUUUAUACAAUAAGAAAUCAUUUCCAGACAUUUUGUUGCACGGUAUAGUAUACAUUUUUGUUUCAGUUCUUGGUUUAUUUUAUCUUUAUAACAUCAUAGACAUAAUCUUUAUUUUCGUAUGUAUUGCUGUCAUUAGUAGGCAUUCACUGUAAGUGAUUUGGUAGUUAAGUUUAUAUAAUGAUGCUUAAUUAAAUGCAAUUUAUGUUUGACAAAUGUAUCCCCAUUGAAAUCACACCCUUGGUUAAAAAUCAAUUAUAUACAGUAUCUGACAGUGGCUAUAGAAUGUUUGUGGUUUUAUAUUAUUUGUUGUUGUUGUUAUACUUUGUGGCACAAUACUGAAAAAAGCACAUUUAUGAUGACCAAGGGACAAUAAAACUAAAUUCUGCUAUCUUCAGUCCAAAUCAUUUGUGUAGGGUUUUGUCAUAAUACUUU